AUGGAAGUUCGUUCACAAAGAGGUAGUAGAGACACGAGCCCAGACCGUGCCAAAAUAUGCAGGUCGAAGCAAAAGGUGAAGCCCGCUAGAAAAGUUCAAGUUGUUUACUAUCUCUCCCGAAAUGGCCUAUUGGAGCAUCCCCAUUACAUGGAGGUCACCCUUUUGGCCAAUCAACCUCUCCGUUUAAAAGAUGUAUUCGAUCGGCUCAUGGCGCUCAGAGGGAGUGGAAUGCCUUUGCAAUAUUCAUGGUCUAGUAAAAGGAACUAUAAGAAUGGUUAUGUUUGGUGCGAUUUGGCUCUGAAGGAUAUAAUACAUCCCGCAGAAGGAGGAGAAUAUGUACUCAAAGGAUCUGAACUAGUAGAAGGAUGCUCUGAAAGAUUUCAACAAGUUAACUUGAGCAACAAACAAGUAGCGAUUCAUCAACAGCAAGAGUCAAAUUAUAAUUAUAAUUCAAAGAGUAAGCCAUUCAGUGGAAGCCUCCAGAAAGAAGCUGAAGAAUACGAAGAAUAUGAAGAACACGACAAAGAAUACGAGGAUGGAGAGAAAACAAGUAAUACGAGCUCAACCACCACACCUCACUCUCGUUGCUCCAGAGGUGUGUCCACGGAAGAACUUGUCGACGAUGAAGACCACCACGAUGCUGCUCAAAACAACAAUACUAAGGUAAUCAUUACAAGUAACCAUUCCCUACAUAGUCAUCAUCAUCAUGUUCCUCCUUCGAACUCCACUACUCUGGCUGAGAAACUCAAGCAGGGAGGAAUCAAAUACCCGAGACGAAUCGGAGAUGGCACUGAGUCAGGGACCGUGUCGGUGACGUCAUCAGCGCCGAGUCGCUACUCGGUUCUGCUGCAGCUGAUAGCGUGCGGAAGCUCAGCGGCGGAGUUCAAGGGGAAACAGGAAGCGCGGUUGAGCAAUGUGGGGACCAAACAGAGGGAUAGUGUUGACAGGUCAGCAGCAUCAGCUGAGAAGACAUUUUCGGAGGGUGACCAGAUGAUGAUCAACUGCGUCUCGGAGAAUCCGAGGUUGUUGGGGAAUUUGCAGUCAGAGGAAAAGGAAUACUUCAGUGGGAGCCUUGUUGAGUCCAUGAAAGCAAAGGCGGAGCCAGUUCUCAAGAAGUCUAAUUCCUAUAACGAAGAAAGGAGAAGCAAGCUAGGGAUGGAGGUGAAGGUUACGGAAGAAGACAAGAGGGAGACGAAGGGAGGAGUGAAAGAGAAAUGCAUCCCUCUCAAGAAAUCUUCUAAAGAGAGUAGGAAAUGA